AUGUCUUCCAAACUCUCUUCAGUAUUUUUGGUAGCAUUGCUACUGGCAGUCAGCCCUGUAGUACAUGCCGCAGAGGAGUAUCCUCCGCUUCCGACAUGGAAAUGCACCACAUCAGGAGGCUGUGUUCAGCAAAACACUUCCGUGGUCCUGGAUCAAGACUCCAGGUUUGCUCGUGGAGCUGCUGAAUCUAGAACUGCAGCUGACUACGCGGCAAUGGGAGUUUCUACCUCAGGAAAUGCUGUGACAAUGUAUCACUACGUCAAAACAACCAGCGGCGUCAACAACGCAAGCCCCCGCAUCUACCUUUUGGGUGCUGAUGGCAAAUAUGUUCUCAUGAACCUCCUCAACCAGGAACUUUCGGUAGAUGUCGACACUUCAACUUUACCCUGCGGAGAGAAUGGCGCAUUCUAUCUGUCAGAGAUGGCUGCAGAUGGAAGUGGUGGAAAUGGUGGGUCUGGAGCAGGUGCUGGAAAGGGAUACUGCGAUGCACAAUGCCAAGGCUUCUGUUGCAGUGAGAUGGAUAUCCUCGAGUCAAAUUCUAUGGCCACAGCGAUGACACCUCAUCCAUGUAAAGGAAACACUUGUGAUAAAGGCGGUUGUGGCUAUAAUCCAUACGCGAGCGGUCAGCGGAACUAUUGGGGUCCUGGCAAGACUGUUGACACCAGUAAGCCGUUCACAGUCAUCACGCAAUUUGCGGCUAGUGGAGGAAGACUUUCUCAGAUUACACGCAAAUAUAUUCAGAAUGGACGUCAGAUUGGCAAUGGUGGGACAAUCUCCACUUGUGGGAAUGAAGGUACAACCGGUGGCAUGACGGGAAUGGGCCAAGCCUUGGGACGUGGAAUGGUACUAGCAAUGAGCAUCUGGAACGAUGCUGCUCAGAAUAUGGCGUGGCUAGAUUCUGGCAACAAUGGACCUUGCACUACUGGACAAGGUAGCCCGUCCAAUAUUCAGUCUCAGCACCCAGAUACUCAUGUAGUGUUUUCGAACAUUCGAUGGGGUGAUAUUGGAUCGACCACCAAGACGUAG